UGAGAGGAGACAGUGAAGGCGGCAGAGGGUCGAUAGUCACGCGGGGAGUGGACAUCUCGUGGCACCGGCACCCCUGUGGAGGCCCAGACCCCGGAGCGGGUCGGCCUGGGCUGGGCGCGCUCUUUGCCAAGGGGGCGGCUGCUGGGCAUGCCUCUCCCAUCCUCUCCUGCCCUAUAUGGCAGUGCGGCGCCGCGGCGGUGGGAGACGGAACCCGGACUGGAGCGCUCGCCCCGGCGUCUGCUUGGCGCGGCGUUGAAGCCGGCCGAGGGUUGUGUUUGCUACUUUUCCACCAGUAGUCAUCGCCAUACCAAAUUUUACACAGAUGCGGUAGAAGCUGUGAAGGACAUCCCUGAUGGAGCGACAGUUCUGGUUGGUGGCUUUGGGCUCUGUGGAAUUCCAGAGAAUCUUAUAGGAGCUUUACUGAAGACUGGAGUGAAAGGGUUAACCGCAGUCAGCAACAAUGCCGGCGUGGACAACUUUGGCCUGGGCCUUUUGCUCCGAUCUAGGCAGAUAAAACGCAUGAUCGCUUCCUAUGUGGGAGAGAAUGCCGAAUUUGAGCGGCAGUAUUUGAACGGUGAAUUAGAAGUGGAGCUGACCCCUCAGGGCACGCUUGCAGAGAGGAUCCGGGCAGGAGGGGCUGGAGUUCCUGCCUUUUACACCAGCACAGGGUACGGAACCCUGGUCCAGGAAGGAGGGUCCCCCAUCAAAUACAACAAAGACGGCAGUAUCGACAUUUUCAGCGAACCGCGAGAGGUGAGAGAGUUUAACGGCCAGCACUUCAUCCUGGAAGAGGCCAUUACGGGGGAUUUUGCUUUGGUGAAGGCCUGGAAGGCCGACCGAGACGGAAAUGUCAUCUUCAGGAAAAGUGCAAGAAAUUUCAACCUGCCCAUGUGCAAAGCUGCAGAAACGACCGUGGUGGAGGUUGAAGAAAUUGUAGACACUGGAUCAUUUGCUCCAGAAGAUAUCCAUGUUCCUAAAAUUUAUGUGCAUCGCCUUAUAAAGGGAGAAAAAUAUGAGAAAAGAAUUGAGCGUAUAUCACUCCGGAAGGAAGAAGAUGGAAAAGCCAAACCUAAACAAAGUAAGGAUGAUGUGAGGGAACGCAUCAUCCGGCGGGCAGCCCUGGAGUUCGAGGACGGCAUGUAUGCUAACCUGGGUAUAGGAAUCCCUCUUCUGGCCAGCAACUUUAUCAGCCCAAAUAUGACAGUUCAUCUUCAAACUGAAAAUGGAGUCCUGGGUUUGGGUCCAUAUCCAUUGAAACAUGAAGUUGAUGCAGAUCUAAUCAAUGCAGGCAAGGAAACAGUCACUGUUCUUCCAGGAGCCUCUUUUUUCUCCAGCGAUGAAUCAUUUGCAAUGAUUAGAGGCGGCCACAUCGAUCUAACCAUGCUAGGAGCAAUGCAAGUUUCCAAGUAUGGUGACCUGGCAAACUGGAUGAUCCCUGGGAAGAUGGUGAAAGGAAUGGGUGGUGCUAUGGAUUUGGUGUCCAGUGCCAAAACCAAAGUGGUGGUCACCAUGGAGCAUUCAGCAAAGGGAAAUGCACAUAAAAUCAUGGAGAAGUGUACCUUACCACUGACUGGAAAGCGAUGUGUCAACCGCAUCAUUACAGAAAAGGCUGUGUUUGACGUGGACAAGAAGAAGGGCCUAACUCUGAUCGAGCUCUGGGAAGGCCUGACAGUAGAGGACAUAAAGAAGAGCACUGGAUGUGAUUUUGCAGUGUCACCAAAACUCAUGCCAAUGCAGCAGAUCACUACUUGAAAUGUGGACAGACAUUUGUCCCAGCCUGCGUGUUGUUCAUUGUAAACCUGCCCAAUUAAAUUGAAAGAACAUCAGCAA